CAUCCUUCUUCGUGCUGAAGCGAAAAGCCCCUUUCGUUCAUCUACGCGAGUCGUGGCUACGUCUAUUCUCGUUCAAAAAUUUGAAAGAUUAGUUAGAAAAUCGGAAUCCGUCGUUUUUCAUUAACAACUCAGUAUCACUGACACUCCAUCGUCUUCAGUUUUAGAAGUCAUAAAACCAUGAAGCGCAAGCGUGGAAAGAAGGGAAAUUCCAAAAGUACCCCUAAGGUGGGAAUAACAGAGGAUGAUUCCAACAUUGAUAAUCUAAGUGGUGAAGAUGAAUCUGGUCCAGAUGAUAAUCAAGAUACUGAGAAAGACGAGACAAGCUCAAGAAUGGAUAUUGAAACCCCAUCAUCAACAGGAACUGAUCAACCAGAAAAACCGCCAGCUGUCAGUUCAACUGGAGUACCUGAUAAACCAGUAGGGAGAUUAGUAUACAAUCGGGUCAAAGUCAAGAUCAAAUCUUCAAAAGCAUUAGAACCUCAAAUCACUUCCUCAGAUGCACAUACACACAGUGAUACAGAUAAAAGUAGCCAACAUAUUGGUCUUGAGAAACAAAUAGUUAAUGACAAAGUAGAAGACAGUGCCAACUCAGCACCCGAAAACAAUGUAGUAGGUGCUUCAGUGAAUCAAGCCAAAAAAACUGGAAGCAUAAAAAUAAAAUCAUCAAAGGGUUUUACCUCAAGUUUGAGUCAUUGUAAUACUUCUGGAGUUUCUCAAACAGAUAAAACACAUCAGAAAGAACCCUUGUUACUUUCUAGAGAUUCUGUGUACAAUAAGCAAGAGCUAAAUGCUUCCCUUGAGGUGAUUAAAAAGAUUAUGAAAAUGGAUGCAGCAGAGCCUUUUAAUGCUCCAGUGAACCCUGUUGCUCUUGGAAUACCUGAUUAUUUUGAUGUGAUCAAAACACCAAUGGAUUUUGGCACAAUAUGCAGCAACCUUGAAAAAGGUCUUAAAUACAUGAAUUCAGAAGACGUAUACAUGGAUGUACAAUAUAUUUGGGAAAAUUGCUACAAAUAUAAUAAUAAAGGAGAUUACAUUUUAGAGCUUAUGAAACGUGUAAAAAAGAAUUUUUCAAAGUAUUGGAGUGCUGCAGGAUUGUAUAAUGAACAUGACAUGAAAGAUGGAAACAUAUCAAGUCAUGGAAAGUCAAGUAAAAGUAGUCAUUCAAAACAUAAGUCAAGAAAACGUCAAGGAGUGAAACGCCAUAAAGAUGAUUGUCUUUGUGCAAUAUGUAUCAUGAUGAGGCGUAGGCUGGAGCGUGAGCAGAUUAUGAACCCUGGAAAUGAUCAGAUGGAAACAGAUGAUGGAUUGGUCCAAGUCAAAGUUGAGGGAGCAUCAAUGGUGGGAAGUUUUAAUGGAGAUGACACGUCAUCAAGUACAGACAAUUCACAAAAUCAAGAUGCAGAUGGUGACAUGGAAGAUAAAGGAGAGGAAGUGAAAAUGGAAAACACUAUGCAGAGUAGUAAACAAGAAGAAGAAAAAGAAAAAGAGAAAGAGAAAGAGAUGAUGAUGAUGAUGAUGACAUCACAGAAAAAUUACGAAAAUGCCAUCACUGAACAAACAGAGAAAUUUGAAGAUGUACAAAUGGCGGAAGGAGGUGAUGCGGUUAAGGAUGAUGAUGAUAAUACUGAAGAGAAAUUGAUGCAUCAUGAGGAUGACACGUCACCAGUUGAAAAUCAGAAGCCUAAGGAUUUGGGAAAUGCGAGUGAGAAGGCGAAAUUGUAUGAAACCCUGCAGCAACGAUAUGAAAACCCAAUGGUUUUGGAAUUAUGCAAUUCUUUGUUUCCUGAAAAUUCGAAGUCUUUAUGGGCCAAAGCCCAUUCAUUGCUUCGCCAUCAUAAAUCGCCUCAAAAUCAUACGUCUUCAAUUGCUGAUGCAAUUGCAACAUUUAUGAAGUAGAGUUGCUAAAACUAUAGUAUUUGUUAACAACUUAUAUACCAGUUAACUGUAGGUUAAUUGUGUUAAGAAAAAUGAAAGGUUGUGAAAAUGUUUUAGUAGAGUA